AUGGUACCCGAACAAGGCGCUGGCGGACCUGUUGAGAGGACUCGAAGGAGUCUCUCCACCUCAGCACCCUGCCCCAACAACGACAGCAAAGCAAUGCAAGAUGCCGAUGUUCAAAUGCAACCACCACCUCAGGACGAGCCGCAAAGCUCGAGCACCGCAAAACCAUCCUCACAAGAGUCGCCCCGGCGGUGCAAUCUGCGAGCAUCUACCCCUGGGUCUUCAGCUUUGUCAAGGAAUCCCUCUACCGAAUCCUCGUCUUCAGCCUCAACUCCCGAACCGGCCGUUACCCGCCACGCGAAGCGGGCCUCUCACCAGCAACAUUCGUGGCCCUUGGAACCGCCAGUCACAAGAUCAACACUAAGCGAACUCGACGUGUCAAAGAUUAUUUACAAUCCAAAACUCAGGCAUGACAUCAACUUUGACCCGGGGCUGCACUUCAGACCAAACCUCGAUGGCGAAAAGGGCCGCAAGAAGCAAGAGAGGGCAAAUCAGUUUUGGAAGAUGAUGAAGGAGGAGCUGGCCAUGUUCAUCACGGAUCGACCGAGCUUCUACGCCAAGCACGGCGAAAGCGACGAGUGGACUUUGCCCACGCUUUUGAAGGCGGUCAAGGAGAUUAUUCAAACCCUGGUGCCCCAACGGGAUCGCCAGUUUCUGGACGAGGGUCUCAACAUAGACCUUCUGAUGCAGCAGUUUCACAAGGGCAUGGCCGACCUGGAAAAGCUUGCGCUGUGGCUUUCGCGCGUGCUCAAGUCGCACUGUGCUCCAAUGCGGGAUGAUUGGGUGGAUACCAUGUACACGCAGCUCAGCCACGGCAAUCGAGAUUCGGAUUUGGAUCAGCUGGUGACGGGAAUGCGCAGCCUGCUCAGCGUCCUGGAGGCCAUGAAACUAGACGUGGCAAACCACCAGAUACGAUGUCUGCGGCCAGUGCUCAUUGAGGACACUAUCCACUUUGAGCAGAAGUUCUUCAUCAAAAAGAUCAACUCACGAAAGGUGGACAUUAGUGGCGCCCAGGAAUGGUACCGAGAUGCCGACAGGCGAUUCUCGGGCACGCUCGGGAGCGACAACACGUACAGCUUUGGCGACAUGGGCGUGUUUUUCGAGGCCCUGUCUCGCCUCAUCCUGCCCUCGUCCGGCGAGAAGCGAGUGCCCGGCACGUUUCUGUUUGAUGAGGAGCGCAUCAUGAAGCUCCGAUCCGACAUGGUGGAUGCCAUCAACCUGGACAUUUGCAUGCGAAUGUACGAAGACCUCGAGCGGGUUUCCCGCUACAGCUUCAGAAUGCUGGGCAAGAACAGCCGACCACUGGAUGAGGAGACGCUGAGCACGGCGACAAUACCCAGCUCCGAGUUCAACUUUAAUACGCCACUAUCUAGCUCCCGACCCUCGAGCUUGGUUCUCAGCGCGUCUGGGUCGGCAGCUUCGUCUCCACGCUCCUCUCUGGUGAUGCCUUUGUACGUGGCGCCAGAGAGCAGCGAGGCUCGGAUAAAGGCCAAGAAUGUCUACAACUCCCUGGUGGCCCUGCUGCAGUCUGCCACUCCGUCGACGCGGCCCGCGAGCCGAUGGCAGACAAUGGCCCCUUCGAUGGCGCUCCAAAUCUUCCGGUUCACGGAAGCUCCGUCGGAGCUGCUGCCGACCUUUGAGGAGAAGCUCAUGGACAACAUCUGCCGGGUGGACUCUGCAAUGCACAGGGAGGUAGAGCAGGCUUUUCACAGCGGACUGAUGGCCGAACUUUCCAGCCGCGUCCGCGAGUUCAAGUCACUAUCUGGCGUCUCACUCUUUGGGGUGGCGACUGGCGGACGCGUCUCCAGCAGCAGCAGCGGCGGCGGCGGCCACGGCCACGGCCACGUUGGCCGAGACUUUGACUCGUUCCUGCGUGAUGGCCAAGAGGAGGGAGGUAUCGAAGACAUGGCUAACCGACUGGCCCAUCUCGGCGUGCUGCACUGGCGCGUAUGGGCCCAGCUGGCAUACCUAGGUGACGGCGAAGGCGAAGGCGACGGCGACGACAUGGCUGUGGAUUUCACCUGCUAA